AUGGUAAAUUAUAGUUAUUGCGGCAGGCAACGUACAAAAGGUCAACAACAUUGUCCAGCGACGGGAAUUACAUGCAGACAAUGUGAAAAAUUGAAUCAUUUUGCAAGAAUGUCUAGAACCAAAAGUUAUCAACAACCACACCAGGCACAAGCGUUCAACUACCCUAAUUACAAGGGAAAUAAUAAGUGUUGCCUAAGCUCAAAUAGGUCAUCAAAUAUAACUUCAAUUGAUACAGAACAAGCAGCAACAAUAUCACAGCACAAGUGUUCAGAUUCAACUAUUGAUAAUGAAUAUUUAUUUAUGUUGAAAUCAGAUAAUGGUAAAUUUCCAUAUGCGAAAGUCACAUUCAAUGGUUUUCAUGGUAAUAAUACAAUUACAAUGAUGAUUGAUACUGGCGCAUCUAUUAAUGUGAUUGACGAACAAGCAUAUGAACAAUUAAAUCCAAAGCCAAAUUUAAUUGAAAUGAAAAACCAAGCAUGGGGUUUUCAAUCAGAUAAACCAAUUGCGUUUAUGGGACAAUUUACAUGUAAUGUUUCAGUAAAUGAUAAACAAAUCAAUGCUGAUUUUGCAGUGGUAAAAGGACGGGAAAAAUGUAUUUCAAGUUUUGAAUUAUGCAAACAGUUGCGUAUCGUCAAAAUACAAAGCAACAUUCACAAUAUUAACGGUAACGAAUUCGUUAGAAAAGUGAAACGUGAUUAUCCAAAUGUUUUUAGCGAUAAAGUCGGUAAGCUUAAGAAUUAUGUCGUGAAUUUAGACAUUGAUAAAAGCAUCAAACCAGUUAAAAUGAAGCAUCGACGAAUUCCAUUUAGUUUAAGAGAAAAAAUGAGUACAGCUAUUACGAAAAUGUUAAAUGAUGAUAUUAUUGAACCUGCCACUGGUCCAACAGUAUGGUUGUUACCAGCUAUGGCAGUUCCAAAGAAAAAUGGUGAAAUACGAAUUGUCAUUGAUGCACGUACAGCAAACAAAGCAAUAAAACGAACACGUCAUAUAACACCGACAAUUGAUGAAAUUGUAUCAGACAUACAUGGUGCAAAAGUAUUCUCCAAAACAGAUUUGCGACAAGGGUUUCAUCAAAUUGAAAUUGGCGAAUCAAGUCGUUAUAUCACAACAUUUAGUUGUCAUGACGGUAUAUAUAGAUACAAAAGAUUGAAUAUGGGUAUCACACCAGCACCUGAAAUUUUUCAUUUUAUUGUUGAACAUGACGUUCUUCGACGCUUACAAGGUGUUAGAAACAUACAAGAUGAUAUUUUAGUUUAUGGUAUGAAUGAUGAUCACCAUGAUGAAAAUUUAAUUGAAUUGAUCAAGCGUUUGGAUGAAUUAGGCCUAACUGUGAACAUUGAUAAAUGUGUAUUUAAACAACCCAAAAUCGAAUAUUUUGGACUGGUGUUUUCACAAACUGGUGUGCAACUUGCUGAAAGUAAAAUUCGUGCUUUAAAGGAAGCAAAAGCUCCAACAACACCUGGUGAAGCAAAUAGUUUAUUAGGCUUAAGUCAAUAUUGUUCAAAAUUUAUUGAAAAUCAUGCAAUGAUUAUUGAACCAAUACGUAAAUUAACGCGUGAUAAGGCAGAAUGGAAAUGGGGUGAAGCUGAAAAUAAAGCAUUACAAGCAUUAAAAGAGGCAUUAACUAAUAAAUCAUUAGCGUUUUAUGAUCCAAAAUGGAAUUUGGAAUUGGUCGUUGAUGCAAGUUCAAUCGGUUUGGGUGCAAUAUUAACUCAAGUGAAUCCAAAAGAUCCAAGAGAUAAACGCGUAUUAAGCUUCGCAAGCAGGGCACUAUCUGACGUUGAGCGCCGAUACUCACAAAUCGAAAAGGAAGGCCUAGCAUGCGUAUGGGGCUGCGAAAAGUUCCAUAUCUAUUAUUUAUCUCGCAAUCCAAUUAUAUUAGAAUUUAAAUCAUCAAAUGGUACUGAAGAGUAUAUUAAUUGUUUAUUUGAACAUGCCUUACCAAAAGCAAUCACACGAGAAGAAUUAUUGAACGAAAUUUUGAACGAUAAAGUAUUUAUUAGUCUAAAAAAACGUAUUAAUGGAGAAGUCAACGGUGAUCUGUUAGGCGCAACCAAGAGAUUUGACCACAUAUUUAAUGAAUUAUGCGUUACAUCUGAUGGAGCAAUUAUGAGGAAUGAUAAAAUUGUUAUUCCAGAAAGCUUAUAUGAUCGUGUAAUUGAUAUAGCGCAUGAUGGGCAUCAAGGCGUCAAGAAAACAAAAGCAUUAUUGAGAUCAAAAGUGUAUUUUCCAGGUCUAGAUAAAUUGAUUGAAGCACGUUUGAGUAGUUGUCCAUGGCAAUUAAUUGCAUUAGAUUUUUAUGGCCCGACUGAGUCAGGUACAUAUUUAUUAUUGAUUAUAGACGAAUAUUCACGAUUUGUAAUAAUUCAUGAAGUGAAUACAACAGCAUCGCAUUAUGUAUUACCAAAAUCACACGAAUCAUUCUCACUAUUUGGUAUUCCACAAAUAGUUAAAACUGACAAUGGCCCAACAUUUAAUGGAGCUGAAUUUGGCAAUUUUUGGAACUAUUAUGGCAUAAAACAUAGAGCUAUUACACCAUAUUGGCCAAGAGCUAACGCAGAAGCUGAGAGGUUUAUGCAAAAUUUAAGAAAGGUAUUCCAAAAUGCAAAUGUAAAUCAAAUAGAUUGGCAUUUUGAAUUGAAUCGGUUCCUUGCCGCAUACAGAGCAACUUCUCAUUCAACAACAGGAAUAGUACCGUCAAGUUUAUUAUUUAAGCACGAGUCCUGUUCAAGAUUGAUUCAAUUAUAUGAGAAACGUCCAUUUCAAUUUAAUAACGGUGAUAUUUCAGCUAAAUUGAACGAUGAGAUAAAUAAACAAAAAAUGGCGAAAGAUUUCGAUAGCAGACAUAAAAUCAAAGAAGCACAUUUUAAAAUUGGCGACGAAGUCUUAUAUCAACCCCCAAAGCACAAGAUAUCAAAUAAAAAGAAUCCCAGAAGACAUACAGAACCAUACAAAACAUUAGGUAUAAAAGGGGCAAUGAUAACAGUUGGCCGUGGCGAUAUCAAAUUUACAAGAAAUUCAUCGCAUUUUACAUUAUUCAAAAAGAGAAAUAACCUAUUAAACAAUAAUAAUCGAUUUUAUUGUUCAAAUCCCCCUUCAAGCAAAUCAUCUUCUUCAAAUGAUCUACGAAUUAUUCCCACUGAUACAGAUCGAACAAUCAUUCCAUUAAGAAGAUCCACUAGAACAAGAAAACCACCAGAUCGUUUACAGUAUAAAUAA